AAAUCUGUAGCCGUACAUUCCGUGAAUAUCGGAAGAUGUUAAUAAAUGUGUGCGAGUACGAGAAUGACGAAUCAAUCAGAGGGCUCCGAAUGUUCGCCUUAUUUGAAUAUCCCGGUUAGUAGCUAUAAUACAUGUUUAUUUAGUAUCAUAAGGAUGCUAAAUAAAGUAGUAGUAGGAGUAGCUUUGAGCAUUUGCUCUCCAGUGCUUGCUAGAUUAUGCCAAAGCCCCAGUCUUGUUGUCCCUGAGGUCUGGCUGGCCAUUUUCCUGAGCUGGUUCCUGGUGGCUCUCGUGUCAACACUCGGAGAGUCGCUGCUUUCCACGCUGGCGCCAGGUCGCGCCAUAAGCGUGCGUCGCGGUGGCUACUGGAACAGCCUCUGGGGUUACCUGCAGUUCAUGCUUCCGCAAGGCUGCAACAAGUGCACCUCGAGCGAGUUUGGGCGCGUGCUGCUGGGCUUCUGGUUCCUGGCCAUGCUGGUGCUGAUGUCCAGCCUCGGAGGCGAGCUCAAAGGAAGUCUGCUCGUCAAGGACAUCGAGGAUCACGUGGACUCGGUGGACGACCUGCUGCGUUUUCCCUCGAUACGCAUCGCUGCAGAGAAGGGCAGCGUGCACGAGCGGUUCUUCAACAGACCGGCGCACCCGACGUUUCGCAGUCUGCUUCCGCGGCUGCAGCCAGUUCGGGGUUCGCUGACGUCAAUGAAAGUGGCGGCCGCCAUCUUGGACAAGGUGGAGGCCCGCAGCCACGUGUUCGUGCUGCCGCUGACGUACCUCAAGGGAUUGCUCAACGCGCGCUACACCGACAGCGAGGGGCGCUGCCGCUUCCACGUGGUUCGUCAUCCGCUCUCGCUGACCACGGUCGGCAUGUUUCACCGCAAGGACCUUGCGCCGGACACGAGAGAAGCCAUCGAGAAAAGAGCCCGGUACAUGAUCGACAGCCACCUCUUCGAACGCAUGAUCGACACCCGAGUCAUCAACUACACUCGCUGCUUGCAAGAGGAAGAAGACCGCGUCGACGCACUCAGCAUCGGAGAUGUGCACGGAGUCUUCUACCUCUACUUGGCCGGUGUCUGCGCCUCCCUUAUCGGCUUUGGCCUGGAGUUGGUUGCGCACGCUUUGUCACCUCGCGAGAGGAAGAGGCGCAAAGAAACAAAAUUGUUGAUGGUGCGAGUGCGCCGCAUUAAAUAGAACUUUCAGCAGGAGAAACACAGCAGCAUAGUGGGCAAGUAGGAGAGGACACGUAUUUAAAACCGCUUUAGCCUUUUGUAGCCCGAUUUUUUGGCCCAGGAUAACAUACACGAGUUGCAAUGCGAACUACUUUUAUGCGCUGUUAGAACGCACAAAAUUAGCUUCACACCAAAUGUAUGGCGAGAGCGCUGUUGGUACGAGGACUGACGAAGGUAUGAACAGCACAUGCACUGAACAUACAACUUAUCAUUACUGGGAAAAAAAUGUGAACAAAUAUACAAAAAAGUGGGUGAAUGAAAGGAACGAGUCGUGGUCCUGACUACGCAACAAACAUAAAGGUUAGACUCGUCGAACACCGCACGGGCUAUCGAGAUAGGGAAAUUCUUUGUUGCUGAGAGUGAUAGACGCUUGAUUAAGACACAUGUCGCCUUUCCUUCCCAUAUGGAAGCGUUCCAUCACCUCACGGGUCAGUUGCUGGCCCCGACGGAAUAAAAUAAUGUCACAAGGAACAGGGAGUGUUCACCCUCAUUGGAAGCACAGAUCAUUGUUAUAUAAGUAAUAAAUUCCAGCAGGUAACCACGUUAUUGCAUGUUUUAUUGCGAUAGCAAUUAUAUGGACAUUUCGGGUGCAUUUCUGCCGUCGGCGUUGCCGUU